AUGCGCAGCACAAUCCUCUCCACCGCCUCGGCCCUCGCCCUCGCCCUCCACCUGGGCGGGGCCUGGGCCUCGUUCCGGACCGAGGACGGCGAGGCAGCUCCCCUGGUGGCCCGCAGCUUCAUUGUCGAGUACGCCGGCGCCGGCGGCUCGUCGGCCAAGCAGAGGCGCCAGACGGCGGCCAUCGCGUCCACCGACGGCAUCAAGGUCGUCAAGGCGUUUGACAGCACCAUCUUUACCGGCGCCAGCAUCGAGACCACGAAUCAUAAUGCCGACGACCUCGAGCGCCUGCCCGGAGUGGUCCGCGUCUGGCUCAACGAGGAAGUCAAGCUCGCGCCUCUGCAAGACCAGCGCGCCGCCGCUGCCGACGACGCCCUCGACUAUACCACUCACAACGUCACGGGCGUGUCGAAGCUGCACGCUCAGGGGUUGUUUGGGAAGGGCGUCAAGGUUGGUGUCGUUGAUACCGGCAUCUGGUACGACCAUCCUGCGCUGGGUGGUGGCUUCGGAGCCGGUUUCAAGAUCGCCGGUGGAUGGGACUUUGUCGGUGACGGCGACUACCCCGCAAGCGGCCCCAAGGCGCCCGAUGACGACCCGAUUGACCGCAAAGGCCACGGCACUCACGUCGCCGGCAUCGUCGCUGGAAAGACAGAGGGGUGGACCGGAGUUGCUCCCGAGGCGGAACUGUAUGCCUACAAGGUCUUUUCCAACGCCAGCAGCACCGACUCGGCCACACUGAUCGAGUCGUUCCUCCGGGCUUAUGAGGACGGAAUGGACAUCAUCACCGCCAGUAUUGGUAGUGCCAAUGGCUGGUCAAACAACGCCUGGGCUGAGGUGGCCUCUCGUCUGGUCGAAGAGGGGGUCGUCGUCACGAUUUCUGCCGGUAACUCUGGCGAAAUCGGCCCCUUCUACGGCAGCUCCGGGUCUUCAGGUCGCAACGUCAUCGCUGUCGCGUCGGUAUCCACCGCGGUUCUCCCGGUGUACCCGUUCGAGGCGACUUUUACCCCCGCCGGCGGCAGCUCCGACACGGUCAAGGUCGGAUACAUCCCUGCCCGCGAUUACUUCCCGCCCACCGUGGUCGACUGGCCCAUCGUGUCGCUCUCGCUGGACCCCACGGCCACGGCAGACGGCUGCACCGCGUACCCGCCAGGUACGCCCAGCUUGCGGGGCAAGAUCCCGUUGGUGCGCCGCGGUACCUGCCCGUUCCAGACCAAGCAGGAGAACCUGGCCGCGCUGGGGGCGCAAUACAUUCUCAUCUACAACAACGAGUCGCCCAUCACGACGCCCGGCACGAGCAACUACACCACGCUUAUUGCCAUAAUCCCCGCCGAGUCGGGCCAAGCCAUCAUCGAGACGCUCAAGUCCGGCGGCAACGUGACGGCCGACUUCUCGUCCGUCCCCGAGAUCCCCGUCGGCCUGCCGUAUUCCGAAGGCAACCGGCCCAACAUCUUCACGUCCUGGGGCCCGCUGUACGACCUGCAGCUCAAGCCCGACAUCGCGGCCCCCGGAGGACAAAUCUUCAGCACCUGGCUCGACGGCACCUACAACAUCAUCAGCGGCACCUCGAUGGCCUGCCCCUACGUGGCCGGGGUCGCGGCCCUCUACAUCGGCGCCAAGGGCGGCCGCUCGGUGCAGGGCAAGGGGUUCGCGCGCGUGCUGUCCCGGCGCAUCAUCUCCAGCGGCGUGGCCCUGCCGUGGUCGGACGGCACGUCGCGCGACUACGGGUUCGCCGCGCCGCCCGCGCAGGUCUCGACGGGCCUGAUCGACGCCUUCAAGGUGCUCCAGUACGACACGCAGCUCGGGUUCGACAAGAUGGAGCUCAACGACACGCGCUACUUUUCGCGCUACCACGACGUCACCGUCACCAACCAGGGCGCCUCGGCCGUCUCGUACAGAUUCUCCAGCCAACCCGCCGCCGGCGUCGACACCGUCGCCUGGGCCCCGGCCGCCGUCGGCUCGGGCGUCACGCAGCGCAUCCGCACCUUUGACCAGCUCACCCCGCGCGCCUACGAGCCCGUCGUCAGCCUGCCGCGCGACUUCACCCUCGCCCCCGGCGAGUCCAAGCGCGUCAGCGUCAACUUUGGCAACCCGGACACCCUGGGCUGGAACGCCUCGGCCCUGCCCCUGUACGGUGGCAAGGUGGUCGUGGCCGGAAGCAACGGCGAGGUCCUGUCGGUCCCGUACAUGGGUGUCGGUGCCGAUUUGAGGAAUCAGCUCGGGUCCAUUGUCGAGACCGGCUUUCCUUUUAUUGUUUCUGGACCCAACGACACUUAUGUUCAGGACAAGAACUGGUUCUCUUUCAACCUGAGCCUAGGCGCACAGGAUUUCCCCAGGUCCAACCUCAAGCUGCUGUGGGGCACUCGCCAGGUCCGCUGGGACAUCUUCGAGUCGACCUGGACCGAGCGCAACUGGGUCUACCCGCCGGUGGUAGGCCAGAACGGCUACGUGGGCACGGCGACGCAGCACGCCAGCUCCCGCGCGGGUGCGCUGUUCGACCCGUCCCGCAACGACCCGAACGACACCUCGCCGUUCCCCCUCUACGACCUCGCCCGCACCCAGCUGUCCAGCGUCUACCAGUCCUGGUGGCUCGGCAAGCUCGGCAACGGGUCGCAGAUCGCAGAGGGCCGCUACGUGAUGCGCUUCGCCGUCCUCAAGCCCUUUGGCAACCCCAGUGCGGCCGACAACUGGGACGUCUUCAGGGCGCCGUUUGAGGUCCGCGGGAAGUACUGA